CUAGCGUGCAUUUGAGCAGCAUGGCAGAUGUUAUCUUAGUUGGUGGCAUGCAGAUGCGCAGGCUGGACUUGGGAGCGAUAAGAAAGAAGAUCCAUAUUGCUCUUGGACCCGAGAAGAUGAGGAGUUACUGGGAUAUAGUACGACGCUUCACUCAAUUUCGGCUGUCCAAAGAAGAGCUCGACGUGAGUGCAAGGGAAGUUCUAGGCCCUGACAAUGUUUCUCUCCACAACAACCUCAUCCGAGCAAUAUUCCAGAAUGCUGUUGUCGGAACAGUGAACCCGCCAGAGGUUGAAGUCGUGCCUGCUCCUUUCCCUGAUGAUUCCGAGCCCACAAGACCAAACAAGAAGUCCAAGAAGAAGGGGCAUGCAGUAGCAACAGGCCAAGCCAAUGCCUUGGGGGCACAAGGGAAGCUCUCUAUUUUGCAGCGCCGAGAUGUGGAACGCCCGUCACAUGAGACAAUCUGGUUGAAUGCUCACGAAACCCAUCGCACACAAUGGAAAAUAUGUGAUGGCGCUGAUCUGUAUGAUGAAUCUUUGGAACUUCCUUCCAUUGUUGAUGUCCGAAAUGCUUUAAAACGAAGGUGUCAAGAAUGCAAUCUUACGUUCGAACAAGACACGGUUGAAUGCUUGCAUGUCAGCCUCGAGAGAUAUAUGAAGAAUAUGAUAUCUACCUUGUCAACAAUCUCCAAGCUAAGAAGAGGAGUAUGCAAGCAUGAAGCAGACAAGGAAGAUAAUUGGAUCACGAUAACUCCAAGCGAUCUUCUGACAGCGUUCAACCUAGAACCACAAUUGCUUGGGAACGAUUGGUCUCUGAAUGCUGAACGCAUUACGAUUAUUCAACAAUUUUAG